AGCACAUCCUUCUUUCUUCUGACCCUUUUAACUCAGAAUCUUUCUCCUCUUUCUCUCUCCGAGGCGGAAUCGCAGAACGAGCACGAGAGAUGGAGGGAAGAAACAAGGGGGGAGGGGUUUCGAUGUCGCCAGUCGCAUUAAAGUCCCUUAUUGAAUUCCCGACCAACCAUAGGUCCCCACCGCAUUCACUCCUCACGCCAACGAGCUGCGCCUCCGACGACCCUCAAACCUUUGAUUCGUUUGCUGUCUUCGCAUUAAGUUCCACUCUCAAUGCUCUCGUAACGAGAUCUCCCGGUGCUCUUCAUCUAAUAGGGAGGAGGAGAAGAUAAGUAAAGCUUAGGGUGUGUGCCGGGAAAGUGUGUUCUCUGGUUAUAAAAUGUCUUCUGCUUGUUCGACGCGUCACAGGCGCUCCAAAAGUACUUCUGAUAAGAACCUAGAAACUUCAUAUUGCUUGGGAAAAGGCUAUUUCACUUCUCAGAACCUACAUAGUUCAGGAAAACCAAAUGGGUUAGAAGAUCAACAUCAAAAUUCAAGUAACAUUAAUAAUGAUUAUUCAACGGAUCAUCGAGCUUCCUUGGAAAAUGAUAUUAAGAAACUUCAGAUGCAUUUGCGUCAAGAGAAGAGUAUGCGUUUGAUGCUUGAGAGAGCAAUUGGUCGAGCAUCUAGUACUUUAUCUCCUGGUCACAGACAUUUUACUACCCAGACAAGGGAUCUUAUUGCGGAGAUUGAGUUGCUUGAAGAAGAGAUAGCCAAUCGGGAACAGCAUGUUCUUUUUUUGUAUAGAAGUAUAUUUGACCAAUGUGUCAGUGCACCAUCAUCUAGGCAAAGUUCAGAAGUGGCUUCUCCUGCCCACCCAAAGAAUGUUUCAAAGAAGCACCCAAGCAUCAUAUCAAGUACAUUUUGUUCGUCUAAGAAAUUUUCAUUGCAACCUUUUCAGGCUUUGGCUUCUAUUAAAGAAUCUGGGAAAGGUUCAGUUUUGCCUAAGCGCAAGUUUAGACAUGACAUGUCAUUGAGCAGAAACACAAGCACUGCUGUUGAAUGCAAUGCUUCAGAUCUUAUGAAGAAGUUGCCAACUGGAAGGAAGAGUUGCAUGUCCCGCACUCUGAAAGAUCAUUUGUACCAAUGUCCAAGCAUAUUGUCUGAAGAACUUGUGAAAUGCAUGGCUGCUAUAUACUGUUGGAUGCGCCGUGAUGCUUCAGUAAAGCCAGAAAAAGUUCAUUCUCCCUUCUUAUCAAGAUCAUCAACCAAGGUUGUACUUUCAAGGAGAGGUGGUGCCGGAGAUGGCCAAGAACCGUCCUCCCGAUCUAUGGUGGAGAUAUUUUCAUUAUCAAUGGACAAGAACCACUUAUCAAGCGUUGCAUAUGCAGUUAGUAACUAUAGACUACUGGUGGAACAGCUGGAGCGCGUGGAUGUUAGUGCUCUGGAAUGUGGUGCAAAGUUGGCAUUUUGGAUUAAUGUGUACAAUUCGCUCGUGAUGCACGCAUAUUUAGCCUAUGGAGUUUCCCAUGGUUCCUUGAGGAGAUUGGCUUUAUUUCACAAGGCUGCAUAUAAUAUUGGUGGGCUCAUCAUCACUGCCAAUUCAAUAGAGCAUUCCAUACUCCAUUGCCGGACACCUCGAGUUGGUCGUUGGUUUGAAGCCAUAAUCUCCACUGCCAUGAGGAAGAAAUCUGCAGAAGAGAAACAGCUGAUUAGCUCAAACUUCACUCUUCUCACAUCACAGCCGCUUGUUCUCUUUGCCUUAUGCACUGGAGGUUCCUCUGAUCCUAUGCUAAGGGUCUACACUGCCAAGAGUGUCUUGGAGGAGCUUGAAAUGGCAAAGAAGGAUUUUCUUCAGGCGAACAUUUUUGUAAAGAAAUCAAGGAAGAUUUUCCUCCCCAAGCUUCUUGAUAGAUAUGCCAAGGAGGCCAACCUCAGCAGCGAAGAACUAGUUGCUUGGGUCUCUACCAACACGGAUAAGAAGUUGAACGAAGCGAUUCUGAAAUGUGUCAAUGGGAAGAACAAGAAAGCAGCCCAAGUCAUUGAGUGGCUGCCAUACAACACAAAGUUCCGCUAUGUAUUUGGUAAGGAUUUAAUAGAAAAGCCAUGGUGGUUGUAAGUAAACACAGUUUUUAAAUUGUUGCUUCAGUUGGUUGUGACUUCUGAUAACUCGCCAAUUCUGUUGCAUUUCGUUCACUUUUUUUUGUUU